AUGAGCUCCCAGUGGUCACAGCAGGUCCGGAGAUUCCCUAUGGAAGCAGGGGACUGUCCCAGCUCUGCUCAGCCUCCCCAGCUGAGGGACCCGGCAGACACUGAGCAGCCCACGGGCAGUGCCAUUCCAUGCCAUGCUGUGCCAUACCGUGCCAUUCCGUGCCGUGCCACGGGGCUCAUGCUGCUCUCUCCCCACAGGCAGCUGCGGCGAUGCCCCGGCAGCCACCGCCUGACCGUGCUCAACGUCCCCAUCGAUGUGUUCGUCGCCAUGGGAGGGGGCAGGAGGCCUCGCACCUCCUGA